CUUGAUUUAUUCAAAUGCUGAUGGAAAUAUUGGGUCGGAAGGUUUCUUGGUGUGGCUCGAGAUCAUCAGCGAGUAGUACAGCUGUUCGGGAUUCGUCUCUGGCGUUGCACUCCGGGACACAUUUACUGAUACGGGCAUUUUGAAAGAAGAGACCACCUAAAAGCCGUCUUUACAGUGAUUUUCAGGAUGCUGCAGCCAAACAUCCCUUUGAUUAAUUUGUGGGUCGCCAUCAUUUUAUCAGUCUCUUCAGAAAAUUCAGGGGUGAAAACUAUUUGCACAAGUGACGACGUGACUCCUGGAUACCUGAUGAUACGCUGCAAGAUGGACUACUCCGCGCUUAAAACGUCGUGUGCCGUUGAACGGUAUUCAUGGAGCAAAGACAUGUUUGGCAGCGACAUUGUGUGCCAGGGGACAACGAGCGACAAAGACAACACGGUGCAAAUAUACACCUGUGGCUUGCACAACGAGACGCAGGAGCUGUAUCUCAACAUCUCCGGUGCCAAAAAAGACAGGAUGGGGUGUUACAACGUUGAAGUGCGAACAGACUGUGGAUUUGCUGAUGCCGCCAUUAACGUAGGAGACGGUAAAAGCCUGGAUCAGCAUUCUCCAAAUAGUUCUGUGUCUGUACUGACAUGGAAUCAUGCCUUGUUUGUAACGGCUGGUUUAAUUGUUGUUCUGGCCGUUGGGUUAUGCCUGCUUGCGAAGAGAAGGACAAUAAUCGCCUAUUUCCGGAUGAAGAUGAGGCAAAAGGACAGGCCAGAGGAUCAGAGACCAGAACAUCAACAACCUCUAGCGUCUAGCCUUUUCUGAACAUCAGUAAGUGUGGAUGUAAGAUAUGCUGGCCAAACCACUCCAUCAAAUCCCACCUAAAUCGCUCCUCUGUCUCUGGCCUCCUUGCCGUCUGUAAGGGCAGCGUAUACACUACAACAGACAGGACUGUGAGCAGAACCCCCUCCACCCACCCCACCUACUCUGACUAAUGAAGCAGCAGCCACUGUUUCUCUUUCUUGCCAAUGUCAAGUCAAUUUUAUUUGUGUAGCCCAUUAUCACGAAUUACAAAUUUGCCUCACAAACACACAGUGUGGCUUCUCGAUUUAAGUUGUGACAUAACCUGCGGUUUGUUUGUUUUCCCACCUGUUUCCUCCUCUCACUUGACUUUCAGUCAGGUCCUUUGAGUUUUUUUUUAUACUGUCUAAUGGUGUGAUUUGUUUAAUUUAAUUUCUUUUCUUUCAGAACAGACUGUUCAGUCAUCUACUCAACACUUUUCAACACUAAAGAUAGGGGCAAUGGGUGGUCCAAAUGUAAAAAAAAAAAAAAAAAAAGAAAAUCUGUACGCCAAACACUUUUGAAUGACAGGACAGAUGAAUGUUUGUGAAUUGAUUUGCUGCACAUUCUCCAGAUAAAGUUGU